AUGGUUUUCUUGCGCCUCCGCGUCGCUGUGGUCGGUGAGCCAACCUCCGGCAAAACGGCAUUCGUGCAGAUGGUGCACAGCAACGGUGCCGUCUUUCCCAAAAACUACCUCCUGACAAUGGGGUGCGACUUUGUUGUAAAGGAGUUCGUGAUGGACGAGGACAACACGGUCGAGGUGUCGCUCCUGGAUGUGGCGGGGCAGCGGCUGUAUGAUCGCAUGACGGCUCAUUAUCUAGAGAGCGUGUCUGCCUUUAUUCUCGUGUACGACGUCUCAAACAAGGGAACGUUCGAGUCGUGUCGGAAGUGGGUGACUAAGGCGAGGGCUGUGAAGAAGGACAUUAUCGGCUUCCUCGUGGCGAACAAGAUGGACCUCGCUGAGAAAGCAGAGGUCACGGACAACCAAGCAGAGGUAUUUGCACGCGCAAACCAGCUUACCUUUUUCAAGUGCUCAGCGCUGCGCGGCACGGGCACGGUGGAGCCCGUGGAGAAGCUCGCGCGUCUGUUCUUGGAGGCGUAUCAGAAGAGGCUGACCCAGUUGUCACAGGUCAGCACAAGUUCGUGA